UUUUUCUGUCAGUUUUGUGUUGUGCGUAGUUGUGUUUGAGUUUCUGAUGGCUUAAUUAUUUAAAUUAUAAUUUUAUUUUCAACUCCGUCUAAAUAUUUUGGUUCGAGCUUGACCGAAGAUGGCACUGUUACCUCCAGAUCCAAAAUAUACGAUCCGCAACGUCGACAACGUGCCUGUUUAUUCAUUGGCGUUUAGCUUUUUGCCUGGUGGUCUGGAGAGGUUACUAGCCGGCUCGAAAAAUGGCUAUGUUUAUGCAUAUAACCUUCAGACAAACAGAGUACAGCAAAAGAUUCAAGUAGGUCAAGCUCCCAUUCUGCACCUUAUCCACUCGGAUUCUCAUCUCAUCACCCAAGAAAAAGGUGGCAAGUACAAGAUCUUCGCCUUAACUAACAGUGGCUACCAGGAAGAUGCAGUCAUUGAAACUGAUUAUCCAGGUUUCUGCCGUUUUGAAGCCAACACAAAACUCGAAACACUCUUUGUACCUGAUAAAGAAUCAAAAGUAUCCAUCUACCAUUUUUCUGGAGAAAAAAUAUGUUCAUUGGAACUUGAUAACUCCUCUGAACUGAAACUUGGGGAUCCAAUGUGCUUGAAAUACAUUGAUUUUCCAAAUAACAGGCCUUGCCUUCUGGUCGGAUACGAAGCUGGCUGGCUGCUGCUGUGGGAUCUCAACACUAGUCAAUAUAUUGGAAAACUACAAAUAAAAGAAUGUCCUAUGUCCUUGGACUAUCACCUCGAACAGCAAAGGGGUAUGGUAGGAAAUGCUUCUGACACAUUACAGAUAUUUAGUAUAGGGAAAAGAGACUUAAGCUUGGCCCAUAAGUUGGAUGUGAACAUUAAAAAUCCAGGCAUCAACCGGGUCAGAACUCGUUCUGAUGGCAAGGUGUUUGCUUCGGGAGGAUGGGACGGGCAUAUCCGUAUAUUUUCUUGGUUUUCACUGAGACCAUUAGUUGUUUUGACUGAACAUAAACAAGCAGUACAAGAUAUUGCUUAUUCUUCUCAGAAGGUCUCUCUAUGGAAUGCCAAUAUAAUGGCAGCUGGGGGAUUGGAUGGUGCUAUAACCCUUUGGGAUUUGUACAACACAAAGAAUUAAUUUACUUCUUCAGUCAUGGAAAAAUCAAUGUGACAACUUUGCAACCAUCAUACAUAUAUUUUAUAUAAAGUUGACAUUGUGUUCUCUUAGCUUCAAAUUAUGACAGAAAAUAUGUUUUCUACAUUGUUUUCUGGCUGAUGCUCUUAUAAGACUAUUUGACAAUUUACUCAGUUAUUAUUCUUGUCAGCUGUUGGGUUAGAAGUGUAAUUUUAGUUAUAUGCUUAGGGACCAUAAUCAAAUGUUUUGAUAAUCCAACUUCUGUAACUUGUGGUGACAUCAGUAUAUGAUUAAAAACUCAAUAUUUUGGAAAAUCGUGUCAGCUUCAUGUAAAGAAAAUUUGUACAGCAUCUAGCAAAUACUAGACCAAGUGGAAUCUUAUUUUAUUUUUUCAUGACUGGUGACUUGUGCAUUUUUACUGUUGAGUUGAAAUAGCAGAUAGAACGUAGCUUAUUGACAAACUAUGCAAUCAAAAUAGAAAAAUAUAUUUGAAAGUUCCCAAUAUAUAAAAUGUUAAAAUCAUGCCAGUAUUGCCUUUACUUAAACUAUUAGAAAAUGUAAAGAUGCUUUAAUUAUUUUGAAGAUGUAAUAAUAUUGAAUGCAAUGUUAUAUGCCAUUUUAAAUUAGUUGUAAUAUAAUUGGAUCUCAUAAUGUGUACAAAAAGGGAGAAAGAGAAAGAAAUAGAGGCAUACUAUCCAUGUUGUGGCCAAGCUCGUAGCUGUAAGUAAAUAUGUUGAAUAUAGCUAUGAAUAUUUUCCAUGAAUGGUUUUUAGUAAUAUUUUUCAGACAUUAAAAACAUAUGAAACUUUUAA